UUCUCUUCCUCCCCCUCUCUAUCUCUCUCUUCCUCCGCCGCUAUAUCUUUCUCUUCCUCCCCCUCUCUAUCUCUCUCUUCCUCCGCCGCUAUAUCUUUCUCUUCCUCCCCCUCUCUAUCUUUCUCUUCCUCCGCUAUAUCUUUCUCUUCCUCCCCCUCUCUAUCUUUCUCUUCCUCUGCCGCUAUAUCUUUCUCUUCCUCCCCCUCUCUAUCUCUCUCUUCCUCUGCCGCUAUAUCUUUCUCUUCCUCCCCCUCUCUAUCUCUCUCUUCCUCUGCCACUAUAUCUUUCUCUUCCUCCCCCUCUCUAUCUCUCUCUUCCUCUGCCGCUAUAUCUUUCUCUUCCUCCCCCUCUCUAUCUCUCUCUUCCUCUGCCGCUAUAUCUUUCUCUUCCUCCCCCUCUCUAUCUCUCUCUUCCUCUGCCGCUAUAUCUUUCUCUUCCUCCCCCUCUCUAUCUCUCUCUUCCUCUGCCCUAUAUCUUUCUCUUCCUCCCCCUCUCUAUCUCUCUCUUCCUCUGCCGCUAUAUCUUUCUCUUCCUUCCCCCUCUCUAUCUCUCUCUUCCUCUUCCUCCGCCGCUAUAUCUUUCUCUUCCUCCCCCUCUCUAUCUCUCUCUUCCUCUGCCGCUAUAUCUUUCUCUUCCUCCCCCUCUCUAUCUUUCUCU